UAGGGCCACAUCACUUUUCCCCAUUCCCUUCCUCCUGAAUCCAGUUCUCCACCCAAACAGAGCAAGAGCAGGAAAACACCAAAGAAGAAGAAAGAAGGGGAGGAAGCAGAUUAGCAGAAUCAGGAAGGGGAAAUGGCGGAAUCGAACUCGUACGAGGAGCAGCGCCGGAGGCAGAUCGAGGAGAACCGCCGGAAGGUGGAGGAGCUCCGCCUGCACCACCUCUCCGCCGCCGUCCGCGAGGCCGCCGCCAGGCCCAAGCCCAACCCCAACCCCAGGCCGAAGCCGCAGGCCCCGCCCCCCGGCGAGCUCCGGCGGUCCGGCCGCGUCGCCAGCCUCCCGGAGCAGCCCAACUACCUCGACGGCGCGCAGCAGCGCGACUACCAGGGACUGUACGCCGAUGAAAUUUGGAAAGGGCCGACCGACGAGGAGAGGGCCGCCGCCGCCGCCAAGGCCGAGGAGCUCCAGCGCCAGAUUCACCGCAUCCGCUGGCCCGCCUUCGUCAAGCCCAUCACCCACGCCUGCGCCAGCAGGGCAAAAUUUAUGACAAUCCCGAAGCACUUCACCGAGUACCUCCCGGCGCAUGAUGAGCCAAUCAUUGUGGUGGAUGAGGCGGAUGACGAGUCCCACAUGAUGUACAAUGCCAGCAGACAGGGUAGACACUGCUACCUCAGCAAGGGGUGGAGAGAGUUUGCCGUCGACUAUGACCUUGAAAAUGGCGAUUGCUUGGUUUUCCAGCUGAUAGAGAGCGCAAAGUUCAAGGUCUACAUUUUUAGAGCAAGCCCAGACUAUGAGAGCGAUGAAACUUCCGAUGACUCUGAGGAUGAACAGAAGUGAAGAUGUGUGCUUCCAAUACAAUGUUCCAUCGGAGGGCAGUUUGUUAGAGAUGUUAGAGAAGCAAUUUCUUCGAUGAUUGCUGGAGACUCGGCUAAUGCAGUUUCGUGCUGGUUGCAUGUAGAGUCGUCGCACUCUCGGUCUCAGUGUAGCAGGAUUUUUACCUACAUAGGAGUAGUAGGUACCAGAUCGUGGUGCAGACCUUCUAGCAUUUUUCCCCAGGCAUCAAGCCGUGGACACAAACCAAACUAGCUCUAAAUGCUUCUAGCUUGAUGAUGGUCUCGAGUGCAUUUUUCAUCAUCGUUCCUGUUUGUUUGAGGUGCCUUUGUCUGUGUCACAGAUGGGAUGGGUUUUCUCUUCCGCGAGCACAUGCUCGGGUGGGUGCUGAAUAUAUAAAAUCAUUACAUUUUGAAGUUUCCGAAAAAUCUGAAACAAAAUAUACACAUAGAUAUGGAUGUAUAUUACAUGUC